AUGGCCAUGAAAGCUAUCGUAAAAUCCGUCAUUUCUGGCGACUCUCUACUUCUUCGUGGCCGCCCAGGACCGCAAGGUCAGCCUCCAAAAGAAAGAGUACUUCAUUUGGCAGACGUAUCAGCUCCACGAAUGGGGUCAUCAACGAGGGAAGAUGAGCCUUGGGCAUUUGAAGCUCGUGAAUUCAUGAGAGUUCACGCCGUUGGCAAGGAGGUCACCUUCACGUCUAUACACUCUUUACCCUCGAAUGAUGACGUCCCUCGAGACCUUGGGUCCGCAGAGAUUGGAGGCGUCGACUUGUCCACCGAACUGCUGAAGAAUGGCUGGGCUAAGAUCAAGGAAUCCAAAAGGGAUCCAACGGAAGAAGAUCUAAAGAAGAAAGAAAUCGAAAACGAAGCUAAAGCCGCGGGUAAGGGGGUAUGGAACCCCCAUGGCCCACAAGCCCGCGCCGUGCACCAUUCUAUGCCGGAAGACUCACAAGGCUUUCUGACUGAAUGGAAAGGCAAAUCGAUUGAUGGUAUUGUUGAACAUGUUCGUGAUGGUACAAACAUGCGUGUUCGUCUUCUCAUGCCAGAUGGAGAGCACCAAAUUGUCAACAUCGCACUAGCAGGUGUACGUAGCCCCCGUACAUCAAGCAAGCAGGGUGAACCUUCUGAGCAAUGGAGCGAGGAGGCUAAAUUCUUCACUGAAUCACGCCUUCUGCAUCGUGCAGUCCGUGUUCAAUUACUUGGACUACCUAAUCCGACAGCCGCAGCUAUCGGGUCUAAUACAACAGGUCCCACGCCAGCUAGCUCUUUCAUCGGAAUAGUACUUCAUCCUGCCGGCAAUGUUGCUGAACAUCUGGUCAGCGGAGGCUUAGCUCGAGUAGUCGACUGGCACGCCGGCAUCCUUGCGAGCUACGGUGGCAUGGAACGACUGCGUUCUGCAGAGAAGUCUGCGAAGGAGAAGCGUCUGCAUUUGUACGCUAACGCUACCGCGCCGACCACUGCCUCGAACAAUGUCACCACCGUCAACGGCCAAGCACGAGCAUUCGAUGCUACUGUAGUCCGCAUAUGGAGUGGCGACCAGGUCUCUGUUGUGGAUGCCUCCAAUAAGGAACGCCGCCUGCAACUGAGUUCGACACGUGGUCCUAAGUUGGCCGACCCUAAACAAGCAUCGUAUGCGAUCGAAGCGAGGGAGUUCCUUCGCAAAAAGUUGAUUGGCAAGCAUGUCAAAGUUCACGUCGACUUCGUACGGCCUCGCGAGGGGGAGUAUGAAGAACGCGAAUGUGUAACUAUUCGAUACGGCGGGCAUAACGCAAAUAUUGCUGAACAAUUAAUAGAGAAGGGUCUUGCCACCGUCGUUCGCCACCGACGUGAUGAUGAAGACCGAUCACCAGACUUUGAUAAGUUGAUGGCUGCUGAACAAGCAGCUGUAGCGGACGCACGCGGUCUGCACUCUGGGAAGGACAUUCCAGCGCCGAAACAACCAUUAAAUAUUUCCGAGACGGCGACCCGUGCCAACCAAUUCCUCAACGGUUUCAAGCGACUUGGGAGAAUACCAGCCGUUGUAGAAUACGUCGCCGCUGGCUCACGAUUCAAGAUAUUCCUGCCAAAGGACAACCAAACUCUUACCCUUGUUCUUGGUGGAAUUCGCGCUCCUCGCACUGCUCGAAACCCAUCCGAAAAGAGCGAGCCCUUUGGAACAGAAGCAUUAGACUUUGCCACGCGUCGGUACAUGCAACGCGACGCCGAGUUCGAAGUCGACACGGUAGACAAGUCAGGCGGGUUCAUCGGUGCACUCUACCUCAAUAAGACGGAGAACGCUGCGAUUGCCCUUGUCAAAGCCGGCUUAGCUAGUGUCCACGAUUAUUCAGCCGAAGGACUCUCUUGGUCGAAGCAAUUGUACGAUGCAGAGAGCGAAGCCAAAGAAGCGAAGAUAGGCAUAUGGCAAUCGUACGAUGCGGAGGCAGAGAAGAAAGCGUCUGAGGCCGAAGCCGUCGCCGAUACUAGUGCAGCGCCACUAAAACCAGAAUAUCUGGAUAUUAUCAUCAGCGACGUACGCACUCACAACGGGUUCGGUUUCUCCGUGCAGAUUCUCAACACUGAAGGCAUCGCUUCACUUGAGCAACUAAUGCGGGACUUCUCCCUCUAUCAUCGAACGGUAGCUGCACCUGCAAACUUUAUUCCAAAAGGCGGUGAUCUAGUAUCAGCCAAAUUCUCUGACGGUGCUUGGUAUCGUGCCAAAAUCCGACGCUCAUCUCCCCUGAAAAAAGAAGCUGAGGUCACUUUCAUCGAUUACGGAAACCAGGACACUGUCUCCUUCGCCAACAUACGACCACUGGAAUCCAAAUUCCGCUCUUUACCAGGCCAAGCACACGAGGCACGUCUAAGCUUCAUCAAGUUGGUUGGCCCAGAAAGCGAAUAUCAUACAGAGGCUAUCGAACGAUUCCGGGCCCUAUGCGAAGGGCGGAAAUUAGUCGCCAACGUAGACCACAAAGAGGGGGCCUUGCUACACCUACGCCUGAUAGAUCCCACCGACCCCAACGCCGCCAACGAUCCGCUUGCUUGCAUCAACGCCGACCUACUCCGCGAAGGCCUUGCUACGAUCGACCGCAAGAACUGCAAGUACACGGCGGCCUAUCCGCAGGUCGUCAAGUCGUUGCAGCAAGCUGUGAAUCUGGCUAAGCGAGAGCGGCUCGGCAUCUUCGAAUACGGUGAUGUCGAAGAGGAUGAUGAUUAA